AAAAAAAAAAAAAGAGGCAGAGAGAGAGAGAGAGAAACGGAGACAAAAGUCCUUUGCUCUGCUUAGCAAAAGCAUUCAUGUUUCGCACGAAGCGCUUCUGUUUGAGAAAGGAAGCUGCAAAGACCAGAUUUUUAUCCUUCCAUUGCCGCCGAUCCCCCUCCUCCCCCACGACCCAGAAGCCGAAAUCUGCCCCAUAACCCGAUUUCCCUCCAGAUCCCCAAGAGAAUCCUUUAGCCUUUGCUCCACCCACCCGAUCUCUCCGUCCACAGUGCAGCCGAGCUCGUCCCCGACCUGAUUCUUCGACUUUUGGGGCGUCCGGCUUGGGGAUUUGCAUUGCAUUCCCCCCUUUGCUUUUCUGGUUCUGGGGGCUUGGCCGAUUGUGAGAUGGCGCUCACGAUCGCGUCCUAGGGUUUGCGAUUGGGUGCCCCGGAUUUGCAUGAGGAAUUGGGGGCUGUGCUGCCUCUGCUUUUUUGAACGGGAAGACAAGGAGGAUAAGCCGCGCGCGAUGAAGUUCAACGAUUUGGAGAAGGAGGGCGAGGUGGAGGAUAGCGCGGGCGAGUGGCAAGGGCUCAGAUUCUGCCGGGCGGGAGGUGCUGAGGGAGAGAGCUCGAGCUCUGGCGCAGCAGCAGCAGCGCCGGAGGAUGUCGUGGACAUGUCUGUCGAGGAGUGGGGCUGCCGAGAUUUGCAUCAUAAGCGUGCCAAAGUUCACUCCGGUUCUGUGAACUCUAAUCAUGCGACACCAUGGUUCAAAAACACAACCAAUUUGAUUUCAGAUUCAGAUGGGCAUCCUUCAAAUUUACAAGGCCCUUCAGCUUCAGCAUCUAAGAAUGGGUUGUUUUGUGGCACAUAUAUGCUGAAUGAUGUAGAUGUUGAGCAUUCUCUUGAAUACAAUGAUGAGAUGGAAGAGGAUGGAGAUGGGGAUGGAGAUGAAGUCAGUGAGAAGGCAGAAGACUCAGAAGUUAGAAUGGAUCUCACAGAUGACUUACUACACAUGGUUUUCUCUUUCUUGGGCCACACUGAUCUUUGUCGUGCAGCGGUAGUCUGCAGGCAGUGGCAAGCAGCCAGUACACAUGAAGAUUUCUGGAGGUGUUUAAAUUUUGAGGACAAGAACAUAUCAAUCGGGCAGUUUGAGGAUAUGUGUCGACGGUAUCCAAAUGCCACCGAAGUCAAUGUUACUGGUGCUUCCUCAAUGCAUCUGCUUGUAAUGAAAGCUGUGUCAUCAUUGAGAAAUCUGGAGACCUUAACCUUGGGAAGAGGGCAACUUGGGGACACCUUCUUUCAUGCCCUGGCUGAUUGUAACAUGUUGAGAACUCUAAAUGUCACUGAUGCAACUCUGGGAAAUGGUAUUCAAGAGAUCCCCAUUAAUCACGACAGGUUGCGUCACCUUCAACUGAUAAAAUGCCGUGUGAUGAGAAUAUCUGUCAGGUGUCCUCAACUUGAGACAAUGUCUCUAAAACGGAGCAACAUGGCCCAAGCUCAACUCAAUUGUCCCCUUCUGCAUGAACUCGAUAUUGGAUCCUGUCACAAGCUCUCAGAUGCUGCAAUUCGUGCUGCAGCACUUUCAUGCCCUCUAUUGGAGUCUCUGGACAUGACUAAUUGCUCCUGUGUUAGUGAUGAAACUCUGCGUGAGAUAUCUGGUGCCUGUGCUAAUCUUCGAAUCUUAAAUGCAUCAUAUUGCCCAAGCAUUUCCCUUGAGUCUGUGAGGCUUCCAAUGCUCACAGUUCUUAAGCUCGACAACUGUGACGGCAUAACUUCGGCUUCCAUGGCUGCAAUAGCAUAUAGCAAUAUGUUGGAGGUCUUGGAACUCGACAAUUGCAGUCUGUUAACAUCUGUUUCCUUGGAUCUCCCUCGUUUGCAACAUCUAAGAUUAGUACAUUGUCGCAAGUUUGCUGACUUGAAUCUGCGGACUCUCAUGCUUUCAUCUAUAAUGGUUUCCAAUUGCCCUGCAUUGCACCGAAUUAACUUAACGUCAAAUUCACUGCAGAAACUAGCCCUGCAGAAGCAAGAGAGCCUAACCACAUUAUCAUUGCAAUGCCAGUCGCUGCAAGAAGUGGACCUUACCGACUGUGAAUCUCUCACAGAUUCCAUAUGCGAAGUGUUUAGCGACGAGGGCGGAUGCCCUAUGUUGAAAUCAUUAAUUCUUGAUAACUGCGAGAGCUUGAAGGCAGCACGAUUCUGCAGCACUUCCCUGAUGAGUCUAUCCCUUGGGGGCUGUCGAGCAGUUACUACUCUUGAACUCACCUGUCCUUAUCUCCAGCAAGUCUGCUUGGACGGUUGUGAUCACCUUGAAAGAGCAUCAUUUUGCCCGGUCGGUCUCCGGUCACUCAAUCUUGGUAUAUGCCCUAAGUUGGGCAUGCUUGUAAUUGAAGCACCUAACAUGGUCUCACUAGAAUUGAAAGGAUGCGGGGUUUUGUCGGAUGCUUCCAUUAACUGCCCUCUACUAACGUCCCUAGAUGCUUCAUUUUGCAGCCAACUGAAAGAUGAGUGCUUAUCUGCGACGGCGGCUUCUUGCCCUUUGAUUGAAACGCUGAUAUUGAUGUCAUGCCCAUCUAUUGGUUAUGACGGGCUUCGAUCCUUGUGCUCGCUUGAUCAUCUGAGCACACUUGACCUCUCGUACACAUUUCUGAUGGACUUGCUUCCAGUGUUUGAGUCCUGUCUACAGCUCAAGGUGUUGAGACUGCAAGCGUGCAAGUACCUGACCGACUCUUCUCUUGAGCCCCUCUACAAGCAGGGAGCUUUGCGCUCUCUUGAGGAGCUCGACCUAUCGUAUGGCUCCAUCUGUCAGUCUGCUAUAGAGGAGCUUCUUGCCUGCUGCACCAACCUCAUUCAUGUGAACUUAAACGGCUGCGCGAACAUGCACGACUUGGAUUGGGCCACUGUUGGGCCUUCUGAUAUGAUCCAGUGCGAGAACUUGCUCAGGCCCACUGAUGAAUCGCCCGAGCGACUGUUACAGAUCCUCAACUGCGUGGGCUGCCCGAAUAUCAGGAAAGUCCUCAUACCACCGUCAGCUCGGUGCUUCCAUCUCUCAUCGCUGAACUUGUCCUUGUCAGUGAAUCUGAAGGAAGUCGACAUCUCUUGUCUCAACUUGUGCUUUCUUAAUUUAAGCAAUUGCUCCUCUUUGGAGAUAUUGAAGCUCGAUUGCCCAAAAUUGACUAGUCUCUUCCUUCCGUCAUGCAACAUAGAUGGACACACACUGGAAGCUGCAAUAUCACAGUGCAGCACGCUCGAGACUUUAGACAUCCGCUUCUGCCCAAAGAUAAUCUCGGUGAGCAUGGGGAGGUUAAGGACUCUGUGCCACAGCCUGAAGCGGAUCUUCAGCAGCUUCCAGCCUGUGUGAUUAAAUAGUUCGACUGUAUUGGAAGGAACUCGUCUCUUCUGCUAGUGCUUUGUUUGCUGCGAUUAUUUAUCGAUGUAGGUUAAAAAGUGAGGCUUAGUCGGUGGUACAUUGUGAUGGAUGCUGUGGUCUGCGUGUAUAAUCAAAUGGUUGAUAAUCCUGUCUGAUGUCCCUUUGUUUUCAAUAUUAUUGUUCAUGUAUAGGGUUGGUCUGUGUGUUGAAAGCGAAUAGCCAGCUGUAACAAAUAAUUAUGCUUUGGUUCUGUUGCCGAUAGCAGUUGUAUUGACGCUAAUGUCUAUGUAACUGAUGUCUACUCGAACUCUUAUUUUCGACUGAAAUAUGUGUAGUUAUAGA